AUGCGGCUUUUGUACAAUGACCAAGAAAAUAACAAUUUCGCAUUUACCAGAGAACUGGAUGCAGAGAACAUACCCGAUUAUGCCAUAUUGUCGCAUACCUGGUUGCUCAAUAAUGACGACGAAGUCACUUUCGACGACCUGGAAAAUGGCAAUGCCAGAGACAAACCUGGUUAUGCUAAGAUUCAAUUCUGUGCCGAGAAGGCAACUCUGCAAGGCUUGAAGUACUUUUGGAUUGACACAUGCUGCAUUGAUAAAAAGCACAGCGCAGUACUACAGGAGGCUUUAGUGGCUAUGUUUUCCUGGUACCGAAAUGCCACUCGAUGCUUUGCAUACCUCGCUGAUGUUUCAGCAUCUGAGGCCCCUCAGCUGGAUGAAGAAGCAUCGUCAUUGCCAUGGCGGUCUGCUUUUUGUAGCAGCAGGUGGUUCAAGAGGGGCUGGACCCUACAGGAACUUCUCGCUCCACGAUCUGUGGAGUUUUUCUCCGCCGAAGGUGUGGCUUUGGGCGAUAAAAGAUCCCUCGCCCUUCUCAUCCAUCAGAGCACCGGAAUCCCCUAUUCGGCAUUGCAAGGAGUACCUCUGCAAGACUUCACAGUGAAGGAACGUUUUUCGUGGGCGGAAAACCGCCAGACGAAGCGAAAAGAAGAUGUGGCAUAUUGCUUGAUGGGUAUCUUUGAUGCCAUCAUGCCGGUCAUGUAUGGAGAGGGGGAAAGGCGUGCGCUCGAGAGGCUGCGACACGAGAUUUCUAGGAAAAAAGACAAGACCGAUAGUAUCUUGUCCAGGCUACCCAUCGCUUCUGAAGCAGCUUUCAAUUCGAGACAGAACGAGGAUGAGCCAGUGUGCCUGCCUGAUACUCGUUUGGAGCUUCUGGAGAGCAUCACCGCAUGGGUGGACGGCUCUAACCAUGAGAAGUGCAUUUAUUGGCUGAACGGAAUAGCCGGCACUGGAAAAUCCACCAUCGCUCGUACCGUAUCGAGAAGAUUCCACGAACAGGGGAAACUUGGCGGAAGCUUUUUCUUCUCCAAGGGCGGCGGUGAUCUCAACCAUGCCAACAAGCUGGUCACCACGCUUGCCAGACAGAUGGCCGAGAAAAUACCAGCGGCCAGAGGCCACAUAGCCGACGCUAUUACAGAUCCUGAAGAGAUAGUACAUUCUUCUCUUCGAGACCAAUGGACAAAGUUGAUCAUUGGCCCACUAUCCAAGAUAGUCUCUGAUCCUCCACUCACAGUUCUACUCGUAAUAGAUGCGCUGGACGAGUGCGAUAGUGAAAAAGACAUCCAAGUGAUCCUGAGAAUCCUAUCUACUGCGAGACUACUAAGAACUAUCCGGUUACGGGUCCUUAUCACAAGUAGACCUGAGAAUCUGAUCCGACGAAUUGUCCAAAAGAUUCCGGAAGAGGAGCGUGAGGUCUUUGAACUGCACGAUAUAUCCCCCGAAUUGGUAGCGAGAGAUCUCAACAUAUAUUUCGAAAGCAAGUUCACAGAUAUUCGAGAUGAGCGUGGUUAUCCCGACAAUUGGCCUGGGAUGAAAAUCAUAAAGCGUCUGAUUGAGAUUUCCGGUGGUCUUUUUAUCUGGGCCUCAACUGCAUGUCGAUUCAUCCGCGAAGGCCGGCGGCUUGCAAAGAGGCGCAUUGAGACCCUCAUCAAGGGUUAUCGCUCAGGAGCUGGCCCAGAGAAGCAGUUGGAUCAAAUCUACACCGCAGUUCUCGAUAACUCUAUCCCAAAAGGCAUUGAUGAGGAGGAAAGAGACGAGAUUUACUCGACUUUAAAAAGUAUCCUGGGAAGCAUCGUCACACUCUAUUCCCCUUUAUCCCAAGAAUCACUUGCCCUACUCUUGGACAUACCCCUUAAUGAUAUUAGGGAGACGUUGAACGAUUUCCAUACGAUUCUCAAUAUUACCAAUGACACAGAUCGACCUAUCCGCCUACAUCAUCCAACUUUUCGUGACUUUCUUCUGGACAGGAAUCGCUGCAGUGAUGAUAAUCUUUGGGUAGAUGAGAGACUAGCACAUCAUGUGCUGGCUCAAAACUGUCUGGAAGUCAUGUCAAGAAUGCUCAAAAGAGACAUUUGUGGGGUAAGAUCUCCAGGGACUCUGCUCGCAAAUAUAGAUGUUGAGAGGAUAAGGAAAUGCAUUCCGCCUCAUCUUGAAUAUGCAUGCCUGUAUUGGGUUGACCAUUUGCGAAAGAGUGGUGUCAAGCUGAGUGAUGAUGACCCAGUCUGUCGCUUCUUCAAGAGUCACUUCCUUUACUGGCUAGAGGCCAUCAAUUUGCUGGGAAAGACUGUUGAAAUGAGCGCCAUCAUCAGGCUGUAUCACUCCCUCCUGGCGACUGAUAUGAACGAGCGUCAAAUGCCCUUUGUCAAAGACGCCAGACGAUUUAUCUUUGCAUUUCAGAAUGUGAUAAAGCAAGCUCCUCUCCAGAUCUAUUCCUCAGCUCUUGCUUUUAUCCCGCAUACAAAUGAACUGAAACACCAUUUUCGGCCGCAAAUUCAUCCGCGGAUAAAAAAUAUUCAGGUUGCGGAAGCUGAUAUCCCAGAGGCCAAAGAUGAGUUCAACUACGUCAGUGAUCUCGCUUUCACCCCAGAUAGCCGGCACCUCGUGUCAGGAUCCAACUUUCCGGCGGUCAGAACGUGGGAUAUCAAGACCAAGUCUACCCUUCGCAAGUUUGAGGGUGCAAGAGAAAAGAUCAGUUCUGUCGCCGUCUCGCCUGAUGGACGGAUUCUAGCCGCAGGCUCAGAUGACUUCAAUGUCUUCCUUUGGGACUUUCAGACGUCCACCUUGCUCCACAAAUUGGAAGCUCACGGGGGCUGGAUCAACUCAGUUGCGUUCUCGCCUGAUGGCAAACUGCUUGUUUCAGGUUCUAUGGACGAGACCUUUAUUCUUUGGGAUAUUAGGACUGGGAGAUUACUUAAUCGAAUUAGCAAUGAGUCAAGUGGUGUCAAUUCUUUGGCAUUUUCCCCCGGUGGCUUAUGUGUCGCUACGGGCUCUGUUGAUCAAAUUAUCAGGAUAUGGGACCUGAAAUAUACCGACGAGGUUCACAUGAUGUUUGACGGCCACUCGGGAUGUAUCAACUCAAUUCAGUUCUCACCUGAUGGGAAGGAGAUUGUCUCAGGAUCAGACGAUAAAUCCAUCAAAAUAUGGAACCUCGCCACUGGUCUGGAAUACAAGACAUUGAAGGGACAUAAAGAAAGAGUCAUGGCUGUGUCGUUCUUCUAUGAUAUCGAUGCAGGUGUUUGUCGGGUUGUAUCUGGCUCCGAGGACAAGACUAUUAGGAUUUGGGACGUGGCAAGUGGAACGACACUGGCUAUUCUGAAAGAGCAUACGAGUGGCAUCAACUCUGUUACAUUUUCUGCUGACCGGAGUAUGCUUGCAUCUAGUUCCUUUGACGAUGAGGUCCGUCUCUGGGAUACAAAGACGUGGAAUUUGGUUGGAAAGCUUGACGAUUACGAUGAAGACAUUCUCUCAGGAAAGUUGGCAACAUGGCGGCCUUAUGAUCCGACUCUCACAACGGUCGAGUCGAUAUCACACACUGAGGAUUUCACUGGCCAUCCAAACAAAAUAACUCGACUGGUAGCUUCACCAGAUGGACAAUGGGUUGCUUCAAGCUCUCAAAUGCUUUGGAUCCAAAGUGCCAUGAUCAAGUUAUGGCUGAGAGAAAAAAAUCAUUGGAGCCUAAAAUGGGUUCUGAACGGCCAUUCUGCGGAAGUACAUGACCUUGUUUUCUCACCAGAUAGUCGAGUACUCGCAUCGAUGUCAACAAAUGGCAACUUGAUCCUUUGGGACACCGAGACAGGAAGGAUCUCACACACCCUUCGGCAUUACCAAGAAAAUGCACCUGUGGUAUUCUCGUCAGAUAGCCAGCUUCUUGCUUCACUCUCAUCAGCCACUACGAUUACGCUCUGGAACACAAUCAACGGAAAUUCAUUAUCAUCUCUAAAUUUCCAUACAGCUGCUGUCAGAGGGUUGGUAUUCUCACCAGAUAAUCACUCAAUGGCGUCAUUUUCAGAUGACAGAAGCAUUGCACUUUGGAACACCACAGAAGUCCAAAGUUAUGUUCAACCUAUAAUACUGAGCGGCCACUCUGGUCCAGUCACCGCCGUUGCAUUCUCACAUGAUGGUAAUUUGCUAUAUUCCUGUUCGGAUGACGGUGCAAUCCGCCUUUGGAGCAGCUCCGGAGACUCACAUGGUAUGCUCCUAGGAGGCACCGAAAAUGUUCCCAAGUCUAUUGCUGUUUCAGCGGAUAACCAGCGACUGGCAUGUUACUGCAGAAAUGGAAAUGUCGAGCUCUGGGACUUACAAAAAAAGUCCAAGAAAGGAUCUCUAUUUUUGGGACCAAUGAUACGCAAGUUAUCAUUCUCACAAGGUGGCCACUUUCUUGAGACAGACCGAGGGACAUGGCAUGUCGAUGACUUUUUCGCUACUAAUUCUUCACACCUUCAUUCACACUUUAAUCACCAUCACGGUGUAGUUGCAACCCAAGAAUGGCUAAGCAGAGACGGAGAGGAUAUUGUUUGGCUUUAUGAAAAGGAGUAUCAGGCAGCCGACUUGGCUAUAGCAGGCAACGGAGUCAUAUUAGGACACCCAUCUGGAACUAUAUCUUUUUUGGGGUUUUAG